AAAAAACAAAGAAAGGAAUCAACAGAUAUCUUCAACACCUCCAUGAAAAUUAAGACAAGAAGAAUAUCUCAAUUUCAUUCAAAUAUCUCAAAAUGGGUUCGUCUCUAUCCGAUUCAACAGCUAUUUACCUAAGAUUUUCUCCAAAACCCAAUCUCAUUUUCCAAAAAUUGCAUCAUCUAAAUGUGAAUUUUUACCAAUCAGAAGAUCCUCGUCUAUAAAAUCUUUGUUGUCUGAGCUUCCUAAUGAGAAAAGUUACUCUAAAAUCGGUCUUCACUGGACCAAUUCCUUGAGAAACAACUCUUACUAGUAGUUGAGCUUGCUGCAAAGACUGGUGCUGAGCACAGACAAAAUGAGUGAGACUGCUAUUUUGGGAGUUGUAAAUGAGAACUUCAAUGAUCACCUUAUUUUCAUGGAAGAAGGUGGACUAAUAGGAGAUUCAUCUUCUGAUUAUCGAUGGUCCAUUGACCCUUUAGGUGGUGAGGCCUUCUGCAAUGGACAGAAAAUUCAUGUUAGCCAAACUGAUCAGGUGGUGAGAUCUCCUCUAGCGACUAGAUUUGGGUAUGAACAUGAUGAUGCGUGGGCGGCAAACAGAAAUUUAUUUAAUGAUUUUACUGAUAUUAGCAGGCAGAGCAGAGUGACGUUUCCUCCUUCUCCUUCCCCAUCCAUCUGAACCACCCACCACCACUGCCACCACCUUCUUCUUGUUCUUCUCUGACAAGCAGCAAAGAAGCAAAACCAACCAUCAGCUCCAGUAUUGUCCCAGAGAAGAAGACAUCAAACACUCUCAUAUUUAUUAUUAGGGUUGUAUUGGUUAGGCGUUCUAAACCUAUCAAAUUUCUAUCAAAAUCUGACUAAAACGGUAUGUUCGAUCAUCUUAAUCUUCCUAUUAUAUGGUGUCGGUUCUGGUAAGUUUGUGCAGCCCUAAUUAUAACCAAUAAAAGAUAGCUUACUAUGGAAAUUGAAAGUGUUUAAUUUUUUCUAGGGUUUCAUCAAUUCGAGGUUUAGAUAUUGCAGAAACCAUUUAUACAAUUUCUGAAAUGUGUGUACCAGAAAGUUCGACAUGUAUGAUAUAGAUAAAUAUGCUGUAUUUGGUUUUUGGGUACGAUGAUACAGAUUCGAAACCCUAUUUGAUAAAUCUAUAGAACACAACUGUACCUUGCAUUCUGUCAUUUUCCCAUUUAUCUUUGGCUCAACUUCUACCACUAUCGUAAAUUUGAUACUUUUGUGUCCUUAUAUCAAAGUUUUGCUAUAACACCUGAGUUUCUAACAAGUUUUGGAAAUUUAGACUUUUGGAUGAAUUUUCUUCUAUGAAAUCUUUUACAUGUUGGACGCGGUCUAUUUAUAUUUAUACAUUUUGCAUUGAUAAUUGCUGCCAAUGUCAUCAAUAUAAAAUUCGGUUAACAGAUUUUUGUUUUUCAGGUACAUAGGCAGUGGACCCUUUGAGUUCCACAUUCCACUUCAGAAAUGGUUCAGGAGUUAUCUAACAUGAACCCUGUUGUUUAUGAAAGAAAAGAAUGCCGUGUACGUUCAUGGGUAGUGCCUGCUGAUUUUGACGAAUAUACUGUUGACCCUAUUGAUCAACAAGAAGUUUUUGAUCAUAUCAGAGAUAUAAAAGAUCCAGAACAUCCUAAUUAUACCUUGGAACAACUGCAAGUUAUCACGGAGGAUUCUGUUGAAAUAGAUGAUAAGCACAGCCAUGUCAGGGUCACGUUUAUUCCUACAGUAGGAAAUUGCAAAAUGGCUUCAUCUAUUGGACUUUUCUUACAUGUAAAACUUAAGCGCAGUCUACCUUCUCGUUACAAGGUGGAUAUUAGGGUGGCACCAGGAACUCAUGAACUCGAAGCUGCAGUAAACAAACGAAUAAAUGAUAAAGAACGGCUGGCAGCAGGAUUAGAGAACCCUGUCGUGGGACGGACUGUUGAGCGGUGUUUGGCUCCUACGUAUGAAUGAAUCGGAAAGAAAACGUCGAUGAUCUAACCGUUGAAGUUGUCAGAAAGAUUUAUCUUUUCUCCGCACAGGUUCUUUAGUCAGAUAAUUAGACAGUUCUUAAUGCUAGUUUAUUUCAGCAUGGUAGAUAUAUGCAUAUGGAUUUUUUCGUGGAAACAAAACGUGCCACCUUUAUUUUUCUGGAAAUGUUAAUUAAGCAACAAAGCAGAUAAACCAUUCUGAAC